AUGGUGCAGACCGUGGGAGGCCACGGAAAAGUCAUGGCCAACUACUUCCCGACCACCUUAACUGGUUCAGCCCAAUCCUGGCUUAUGAACCUCCCCCGUGAGUCGGUUCGCUCCUGGGAGGAUAUGUGCGACCAGUUUGUCACCAACUUCUCGGGGACCUAUGCCCAACCUGGGGUUGAGGAUGACAUGUACCAAGUCAGGCAGCGACAAGGCGAGCCGUUGUGCGACUUCAUCCGGUGCUUCACCAAGCGUCGAAACACUAUUCUAAGGAUCACGGGUGAAUCUGUGAUCAUAGUAUUGAAGAGAGGGGUUAGAGAUCAAAAUAUGGUCAAGAAGCUGGCCACCAAGGAAAUCCGAAGCACUACCUAG